AUGCCGAUCACUCAAAAACACAAUUCCAAAAGAAAAACUUCAUCUAAAAACUAUGGGAAAAAAUUCAAGUACUCCCUGUUGCCUGUCGAACUUCAAAAUGCGAUUUUCUCCCACAUUGAGACCGAGGAAUCGCUGAAUUUGGUGCAGACGAACAAGCGUUUUCGAAAAUAUUUCCUCGACAAUGGUCCAUUUCCAAAACGAAUCCAACAGAUCGAUUUGCUUUUCGAGGAGAAUAUCUAUUCGGGCGACAAUCGACUCGUUAAAUUUGCCGCCUCAGCUGACGUCGCCGUAAUCGGAUACUUUGAGACUCUUGACAGCGUGAAAGCAAAUGUUUUCCGUGAUUUGGUCACCCAGAUUCCCGAUCUCCAAUCCGGGAUCACAGUUGAGAAAUCUGUGAAGAAAUUGCUCAAGCUCGACGGCGAAGGAGUCAUCCUUUUCAAGAACUUCGACGAGGGAAAAAGCGUUUUUGAGGAUGAGUUCACAUCCGAAGCAUUGAGAUUUUGGAUUCAAGCAAAUCGUCGCCCACUCGUCGGUCAUUAUUCUGAAAAGGCUCGAUCUCGUUUAUUUGGAUCAAUUCGAUUUUGCAAGAAUCAAUCGCCAAUUCAAAGCCGCCGCCAAACAAUUCAAAGGAAAGAUUGGUUUCGUCUACGUGGACACCGACAUCGACGACAGCGACCCGAUUAUCGACUUCUUCGGACUCACGCAAAACGAUUUUCCGACCCUUCGGAUCGUUUCUUU